CCCCUCUCUCCCACGAAGAAAAACUAAAGCCGCCCCCUUUCUUUCUCUCUCUCUCUCUCGCCCUACAAAUAUGAACAACCCUUCAUCCCUCUCCUCUCAUUCUUAUUCCUUCCAUUUUUUUUCCAACCUUGUUUUGAUUUCAUUACAACAACAACUACUCUGACCCCCAACACACACACACACACCCCAACACAAUAAAGCUAACUUCUUUUUAAGGUUUGGUUGGUUGUUCAACACGCCUACAAGCUGCUUGUUGUUUUGUUUCUGUUGCUAAGGGUUUAAUUCAGGAUUUUGCAGUCUUAUAACUCUAUGGGAGAAGCACCAGCAUUCCUUGUUGAUGACCUUCAGAAUGAGCCUCUUAAUGGCUUUGAAUUGAAAAAUGGAACUUGCAAAACUACAACUACAAUUGGAAAUAAAAUGUAUGUCAUUGGUGGCGCUGAUGAUGGAACUUUGUCCAUUGAAGUUCAAAUUUUUGACCGUAGUCUUGGAGAAUGGAUUCAUCCCACUGUGCAUGGCAUCAAACCUCUGUCGAGCAAAGGCCACUCCGCGGUGUUUUUGAACGACCGAAUACUAAUUCUUAAGAAGGGUGCCAAGUCAGAUGAUCAAAUAUGGUUUUUGGAGGUGGACACUCAAUAUGUUAGGCAGCAGCAAAAACAACUGGGGACUGAGGUUGUUGCUUGGAGUAAGGGAGUGAUAGGUAAUGCCGAGAAGCCGGUUGUUAUCAGUGGACCUUCUGGGGUAGGCAAAGGAACACUGAUAUCAAUGCUGAUGAAGGAAUUCCCAUCCAUGUUUGGUUUUUCGGUGAGCCACACCACUCGUGCACCAAGGGGCAUGGAGAAAGAUGGAGUCCAUUACCAUUUUACUGAGAAGAGUGUAAUGGAGAAAGAGAUUAAAGAUGGAAAAUUUCUUGAGUUUGCUUCUGUCCAUGGUAAUUUGUAUGGGACCAGUGUUGAGGCUGUUGAAGUAGUAGCAGAUGCUGGGAAAAGAUGUAUUCUUGAUAUUGAUGUUCAAGGCGCCAGAUCCGUGAGGUCUAGUUCUCUUGAAGCCGUAUUCAUAUUUGUUUGUCCCCCAUCAAUGGAAGAGCUGGAGAAGCGCCUUCGUGACAGAGGGACAGAGACAGAAGAACAAAUCUUGAAGCGACUCCGAAACGCUGCAGCUGAGAUCGAGCAAGGGAAAUCAUCAAACAUAUUUGAUUUCAUCUUAUACAAUGAUAACCUUGAGGAGUGUUACGAGAAACUCAAGAAAUUAUUGGGACUUGGUGGUUAUGUUGCUGCUCCACCUAAAUCAGCAGCACUUAGAGAGUUCAAUCUACCAUUAGAUCAUUCGGUGUCAAAAAUCGAUGACAAGAUUAUCAUAAACUGCAUCUCUUCUGGACUGGAGAAGGAAUCAAAGAAUUUAAUCAUGUUGGAUGUCUCCGCGCUCAAAGGAGGCGCACCCGGACGGACAAGAGGAUUGGAUUUUCAGGCUAUCGGCUCGUUUUCGGAUGGUUUGAUUGGGAUGGAAAGGCUUAGCUAACAUUCAAUGAAACUUGGCCAAACUAACUUGGUUUUCUCCAUUCAUAUAUAACUUGAGGAAGAUUGAACAUGUGAUUAGGCAUUAGAUUCAUGUCUCAAACAAAAAUAUUUCUUUUAUUUUUGUCGUCCUUUGAUUGUUCUGGCUAUUGCAUUGAUUUGAGAAGUGUUGGCAAUCCCACAAUGAUUAUUUCCUCCACAGCCAAAUGAGAUGGCUUGUGAUUUUUGCCUCUCCAAAUGGACAAUAUAUGAAAUUUGAUUCAUUUCAUGAGUUAGCAAGACAAAUUAUGAACAAUGAAUGAAAUCUUUUGUUUGCUUUA